GCCUCCUGAAGGAAAUUGUACAAUUUUCUUGUGAAAAAAAUGUUGCCACAAACCGAAUCCGCUCUGCAAGAUUUAACUAUUUCCGGCACAGGGACGGCGGAGAGUGCUGUACCUCCGCCGACGGAAAAUCCUCUACAGACAGCAUGGACGGACCUGGCGGCACAGAAAAAUGCUUCACCCGACGAGUGGCGCAACAUAACGACCGAGUUUUUUGACUGUGUAAAAGAUCUAAAGCUGGGCGAAUUGGUGCAUGACUCGAUGUUUGGUUUGCUCGAGGCAAUGUCCGCUAUCGAAAUGAUGGAUCCGAAGAUGGACGCAGGAAUGUGUUGCAACCGAGAAGCCACACCACUCACGUUCGACACGGCAGUUGAGACGGACGUGAUGAAGUUGAAUAAUUUCGAUCCGAAGGAACUGAUCGGCAUCAUUGACGCCGUCUACUCGUGCAUGGUAUCGUGGCUCGAGGGACACUCGAUGGCUCAAACAGUCCUCACAUGUCUCUACCUUCACAAACCGAACCGCAUUGAGUGUAAAACUAUGAAGUCGUUUUCUAUUUCCAUACAAAAGAUCAUUAAUCUGAUCCGUAACUUUACCUUGAGGGCUCACGUAUUCGAAGAGGAGGACUUCCAGCACAGCACUUUCGACUAUAGCUUCAGCGCAGAAGUGACGGAAGGGAAAGCGAUCAACAUGCUGAAGGCCGCUGAAGAGGAUCUAAUUAAGAAAACGAAGGACACGGAAGAAGAGCGCGAGAAGGAUGAGGUUCAAGCCUUGUUGGCACGUAUUCGCUUCACGAGGCUGUUUCUGCAAUGUUUGGUCGCGCUGUACCCGUCCAAGCAAAGCACAUCGUGGCAACAUGGACAAGAAAUUACGACGCAAAGUGUUUCGCCGACAAAGAACGAAAUGAUCGAUAUCGUAAAGACGCUCAAUGGGGCCCUCGAACUGGCACAGACGAUGGAGAAAACGAUCGAUCUUGGAACGCAGCCCGAAGAUGGGUCUGAUGCUCCAAAUCCGAUGGGAUUCUCGAUGAUGGUCAAUCAACGGCUGCUACCGCCUACCUUCCCGCGAAGCACAAAAAUCAAGGAUCGGCAUUUGAGCAUUCAGUAUCUCAUCGAACUGAUACAGCGCAUGAAGCACGCGUGCAAAAUUGUCAACUGUAGCAACUUCCAUGCCGCAUUGAACUUUCUGAUGGAUUUUAGCAAAAAGUUUGGUCCCUGUCUGCUGUCGAGAAGUAUUCCCCAAACGCUAUAUCUGCCGGCCUACGGAAAGGUUUUCGGUGUGCGGCCUCUGACUGACGUGCUGAAGGAGUCGGCCAAGGCGUUCAUUGCGCCACCGGUGCUGCUCUCAGACAGUCAGCUCUACAGCAAUCCUUAUGCCGUGAAAUGUGUCAAUUCGUUCUUCGAAUACAAUGAGGCAACAUUCAGCACCCUGUUCGCCAUCUGUGGCUACAACCGGGCUCGACAGCGCGAUCGACUGGGCAUGAUAAUGGCCAAUUUUUCGCUGCUGCAGGAGGAAGCAGAAGGGGUGGACGCAUACCUUCACUCACUUUCGUUCAAAAUUGAAAACUCGCGGCAACAUUUGGCCUGCUUCGGCACAUGGGUGUUCUAUCACUGUCUCCGGGCGAUGUCCCUGUACCUGUUGGCCGGGCUGGAGCUCGAACUGUACAGUGUGCACGAGUAUCUCUAUAUCUUCUGGUAUCUCUAUCAGUACCUGUUUAGCUGGAUCGUAUCUGCGCUGACCCGUGCCGAGACGUUCUUGGCCGAGCAGGAGUACAUUGCCGAUCUGAAGGCAGCCAAAUCGAACCAAAAGAAACCAAAGACCAAAAAACGCAAAGCGCGCGGUGACGCCAAGGAGAUCGUCUUUAAUCAGGCAAUGCAAACACUAUGUGGUGGGUACUACAAAGCGUUGGCCGGGUUUUGCAAGGAGAACCGCAUCCCUGAGCCGCUGCCAAUGUUUGACAAUGAGCAGGUACGCUUCGAGCAUCGGUUUGCACCGUUUGCGCCGCUCUCGACCCCACCGCCCAUACCGUACAGUGAAUUUAAGCAGAUGAAGCUGUUUAUGCUACAAUCGCCAGCCGAAGAUCUUUACGCGGCAGCCGCCAAACACUUCCACGAAGCGCGCACGCUGCUCGAAACGUUCCCGAAUCCAGAUGAGGAGUGGAAUGAUGUGGUGAAGGUAGCGAAAAUGAACUACGUCAUGAUGAAUCUACUGGCGAGCGGCCAUAGUCGCCAAUCGAAGCUGCCUCCGGAGUUUGAUUUUUCCUGUCACCGCUACUUUCCAAUCAUCAAGCAGCGGAAGUAAUCAUCGAUGUCGCUACGGGUACUAGAUUCUCUGUGUGCGAUCGUCUCUGCCAAGGAGAUGAUCGUUCAACCUUAACUUAUCGCAAACCCUUUUUGUAAAUUCUGCCAAAGU